AUGGCACUGAUUAAUGAAAGCCACCCUAAGGAGUUCAUUCUACUCGGCUUUGCUAACCAUCCAUGGGUACAGCUUCCUCUCUUCAUUGUUCUCCUCAUAACAUACCCCAUGGCCCUGCUGGGAAACAUUGCCAUCAUUCUGGUGUCCAAGAUAGACCCCCGUCUCCACAGCCCCAUGUAUUUCUUCCUCACCAACCUCUCCUUUCUGGACAUGUGUUACACCACAAGCAUUGUCCCUCAGAUGCUGUUUAACCUGGGAAGCUCCAAGAAGACCAUCAGCUACAUGGGGUGUGCAAUUCAGUUGUAUGCCUUCAGCAUAAUGGGGGGCACAGAGUGUCUGCUCUUGGCACUUAUGUCCUUUGACCGCUAUGUGGCCAUCUGCAGACCCCUGCACUACCCGCUCAUCAUGAAUCAGCGCAUUUGCAUCCUGUUAGCGUCUGUGGUCUGGCUGGGUGGAAUGGCCUAUGCCUUCUCAGAAGCGACCAUCACACUACAGUUGCCAUUGUGUGGUAUCAAUACACUGGAUCACUUGCUGUGUGAGAUUCCGGUUCUGAUAAAGACUGCCUGUGGUGAAAAGGGGGCUAAUGAGCUCACACUCUCUGUGGUGUGCAUUUUCAUGUUAGCUGUCCCUCUGUGUUUAAUUCUUGCUUCCUAUGCUAGUAUCGGACGUGCUGUAUUUAAGAUUAAAUCUUCUGAAGGAAGGAAAAAAGCUUUUGGGACAUGUUCUUCUCAUCUCAUUGUAGUUUUCUUAUUUUAUGGCCCAGCCAUUAGCAUGUACAUUCAGCCCCCCUCCACCAUCUCAAAGGACCAGCCCAAGUUCAUGGCUCUCUUCUAUGGAGUGGUGACUCCUACACUCAACCCUUUUAUCUACACUCUGAGGAAUAAGGAUGUAAAAGGGGCAAUAUGUAACCUGAUAAGGAGUAUUUUUCGUUCCAAGUGA